AUGAAAGACGUGAAUGAUGAAACUCUUACCGGCGAAAGCGAACACAUACACGUCUUUGAACAGAGCCAAAGUAUUUUUUUUUCUCCACUGACGACUUGUUCGUUAGACAGCGGCCGGGACGGAGAAAAGCAACCGGAAUUCACAGAAGUUGAAGUAUUUAAAGAAAUUCCUUUUCCCCAUGACGAUGGUGGCAUCUACAGUCUUCAGUUCUCAUUUGACGCCAAAUCAUUGGCAGUCGGUUACAAAUAUGGCGGCAUCCAGCUUUUUUCGACAGAAUCUGGUGAUCUUUUGCACGAUUUGAGGGAUUCCCGUUUGGGACGAGAGGCCGUGAUGUGCAUGAGAUUUCACCCAGACAAUGAAAGGACUGACCUGGCUGUUCGAUUGUAUGACUCCCGAACGAUGCAGUUGUUGUACACUUACGGCGGCGAGAAUUCACACCACAGGGAAGAAGGAUGUAUGAACCGAAUUUAUGCCCUCAAAUUCAGUCCCGACAACAACGAUAUCUUCGUCACUGGCGGAUGGGACGAUAGUCUGAAGCAAGGCAAAAUCUUAACUGGUUCGUGGGUGAGCAAAAACAGUUUGCAGGUUUGGAAUUACAGCGAAGGGAUUGUCGAAAAAAACGUUCCUUUUCCAAAUGAAAAAGGGGAAUACUUGUACUGCGCCCAGUUUUGUGACAAUGAUGUCGUCUUAGCUGGAGGUAGUGGCACAAACAACGUUCAAGCUAUCCAUUACCCAACUGGAAAGGUUUGUACGAUUCUAUAA